AUGGCAUCCCAACUGUUACCUCUCGAGCUUAUCGACAAGUGUGUAGGCUCCAGGAUUUGGGUCAUUAUGAAGGGCGACAAGGAAUUCAGCGGAACUCUUGUCGGUUUCGAUGACUACGUUAACAUGGUUUUGGAGGAUGUGACCGAGUUUGACUAUUCGGGUAACCACACUAAACUUCCCAAGAUUCUCCUGAACGGCAACAACAUCUGCAUGUUGAUCCCUGGUGGCGAAGGUCCAGAAGGAGCUGCGUGA